GCCGCCGCGGGGCGGGACGCCCGGCGUUCAGCUCCCACGGGCCCCACCGUUUCAGACAUUCAUCGCGCCCGACGGGCGUUGUCCUAGCCCUCUCCUCCUCGGCCUGUGGCUGGCCUGGCGUUUGGGUUUUCCACAGAGCAGCCAGAAGAAAGCCAAGGGGAUGAGCCAGGCCUUGGCAGAUGCCACGGUUAAGCACGGCAGCAGGCACAAAACACUAUGGAAAAGCAAGGGGUUGCCAAUAAGGACAUCAAAGGAGCCCAACUUCAGAUGCAGCAAAUAAGAGCAUGUGCCACAGUUCAGCUGCUGCCUAAACGGGAUUUGAACUGGGAGUGUAGGAGCUGGCAGUCUUCUGAAUGGGUAUCUGGUUUUAUCAUGCAGGAAGAUCAAAAGACAUAUAAGCACCAUGAAAGAGCUAGGAAAAGAUGCAAGCGCAGAGAACUUGGCAAAAGACUACCAGAAAUUCCUGACUUGGAAAUCAUAUCGAAAGAUGGACCCCAAGCAGUCUAUUUCGUUCAAUCUGUGUCCUGCCAAAGGAGACAGGAUGAGGCAUCUCCAGAGCCUCUGAGGACAAGACUUCUCUCGCCAAGUUUUCUUAUCUUGGGUGUGUUUCAGUUUAGCAUGGCCACUGCUCACAGCUCCUUACAUCUGUCCCUGGGUGUUGGGAGUCAGAGGGUCUUUGGCGCUGGUGUGAUUGACACCCAGCACAGUGCUGUCAGGGCAGAAACAGAGAUAAGGGCGAAAGCCUGUGUGGUCGAGUUCCAGAUAACCAUCCCUAACAGCACUCAGAGAUUCAGAAAUCACAAGCCAAAAUCAGUGGUGUAA